AUGAUUGAUAUUUUCCAUCAUAACGGUAAUGAUGGCGAAGCAUAUAACAAUUUCUUCAAGCUGCCGAAAGGGUGGCAUGGCCCAGAAAACAAUGGUUUCCCCUUUCACCCACCAAGACUCUUCGGAAAUGGUGUGAACAACAACGACGAGGGUGAUGAUAAAGAAGGAGAGGAGAAUUCAAGGAAGGAGAAGAAGGGUGAUUUGAAUAUAAGAUGGAAGGGUGGAUGGGAGCUAAUUAACGAGGAAUCUGGCGUGUCUGCCAUGCACAUCAACUUGUUGCCCACAAACAAGAUCUUAGUAAUUGAUGCCAAGGUAUACCGCGUCUCCAGGUUGAAGCUUCCAGAAGGUGCAAAGUGCAUUCCUUUCAGAGAUGAAGCUGCCAACGCGGACAGAGAGGAUUGUUGGGCUCAUGCCAUGGAAUAUGAUAUCUUUACCAAUGAAGUUAGACCUCUCAGGAUUGGUGAGGGAGAUCCAUGGUGCUCCAGCGGCGGCCUUUCUCCCGACGGCACUCUUGUCAGCACCGGCGGCUUCUUCGACGGGGCCAAAUCCAUCAGACACUUCGGCGGUCCUGCCUGCACCACCGGUGAUUGCCAGUUCAGGGAAUAUAACAAUCUGCUCAAAGAAGAAAGAUGGUAUGGAACUCAACAAUUGUUAGCGAAUGGACAAUUCAUAGUGGUAGGAGGGAGAAGGGCAUUCAGCUAUGAGUUUGUGCCGAGGGAGGAAGGAAAAGCAAGCGAGAAACCCUACUUCUUCCCUUUCCUGUAUGAGACUUCGGACUUGGACGAGAACAACCUCUACCCAUUCGUCCAUAUGAUCCCCGACGGAAACCUCUUCAUCUUCUCCAACAACCGCUCUCUCCUCCUAAACCCAACCACCAACAAGGUCUUGCGCACCUUCCCCGUCCUCGCAGGGGGCUCACGCAACUACCCCGCCUCCGGCAUGUCCGUCCUCCUCCCCAUCGACCUCAACGCCGCCGCAGCAAACGCCUCCAAGCCCAUCAAGGCCGAGGUCCUCAUGUGCGGUGGAAACACCCCGGAUGCUUUCGAUCUUGCUGAGAAGAAGAAGAUCUUCCUGCCGGCUCUGAAAGACUGCAACAGGAUGGUCAUCACGGACCCCAAACCCUUCUGGGACAAAGAAGAGAUGCCGUCGGGGAGGGUCAUGGGAGACGCUCUGCUGCUCCCCAACGGACAAGUGUUGAUGAUAAACGGUGCACAAGAGGGAACCGCCGCGUGGUGGGACGCUGAUAAACCCAACUACACACCGGUUCUGUACUCCCCUGAGAUGCCCAAGGGUGAGAGGUUCAGGCAGUUGGAGAGCACAAACAUAGCCAGAAUGUACCAUUCAACAUCGGCGGUGCUUCCCACUGGCAAGAUCUGGGUUGCCGGAAGCAACACUCACAACACUUACAAGGCCAACGACAGGUUCCCGACUGAGACCAGGGUUGAGGCAUUCUCACCUCCUUAUCUGGACCCCAUAUAUGCAAGGUUCAGGCCCAGGAUCCAUGAGGAGGAGACCUUGAAGGAAUUCACAUACGGGCAAGUGUUCAAGAUACAGUUCUCGGUGAAGGAGUCUCCUUUCGCAGAGGCGGACCUGGAUGAUGUUAAGGUCACCAUGUAUUACCCUCCAUUCACCACUCACGGGAUUGCCAUGGGUCAGAGGUUGGUGGUUCUCAGGAAGCACAGCAUGAGGGUAACGCAACCUUUCUUGGGGAUAUAUAGGAUUCGUGUCGACGCCCCGCCAUCUGGUGCCGUUGCUCCUCCUGGAUACUACAUGCUCUCCGUUGUCUACCGUGGCAUACCUAGCGCCGCAAUGUGGGUCCGCAUCAAAGAGCUGUAG